GCGGGGUCGGGGCCCGGGUCUCGCAGACCCCGCCGCGCCCGGACGGGACCUCCGCCCCGCCCUCUCCCUGCGGCCGGGCUUCCGGAGCCGGCGCCCGGGAGCUCGGGGCCUGCUGGGUCGCGGGCCUGGUGGGCGACCCCGGCCCCGCGCGGCUCCGAGCGGGCGAUGCGCGGGGAGGCUGUGCGUGCGGGCGGCGGCGGGCGCCCGGGGCCUCCGGAGCUGCGGACAAAGGCGAGGCCGGCUGCCCCUUCGCCCCCCCCCCCCCCCCGCAGGAAGUCUCCUUUUUCUGCCCGUAGUCAGGGUGGGGGCGGUGCUGACCGGAGCCUGGACUCCGGAUGCCCGGCGGAGGCCGCUCCGAGAAUGCCCCAGGCCCCCUUUUGUGUCUUCCCGGGACCAGGGCCGGCCCCUUCAGUUCAGUGGUGCCUGGGGAGGCCCAGGGGCCCGUGCAGGCCAGGCGCCUGCCAGGAGGGCUCCCGCCCUACCCAGGAGUUUGUCUGCCCACCUUUCCAGGGCCCUAUGUCGGGGAGAGAAGGAAAGAGUUCAUUAGACCCUCAGUGCACAUGGCCCCUUAUUUACCAGGAUAAAGGGGGGAGGCCCUUCUCUGAGCCUGGGGUCAGUCCUGGACACCCUGUGGUGUCAUUGAGGAAGGCACUGGAACCCCAUAGGUUUGCUGAAGCUCCUGAAAUGACAGUUAAAAAGAAACCUGAAGUGAACAUCGUUCUCACUGGCCGGCUCAGCAGCGCAGUUCCUGCUUUAGGUGAGGCCAGCACUUCGCCUCCUCUCCUGACAGCUGCCUGCAGUGGGAAACUGGAGCAGCACACAGAACGGCGUGGCGUCAUCUAUAGCCCGGCCUGGCCCCUCAACUACCCGCCGGGCACCAACUGCAGCUGGUACAUCCAGGGUGACCGUGGCGACAUGAUCACCAUCAGCUUCCGCAACUUUGACGUGGAGGAGUCCCACCAGUGCUCCCUGGACUGGCUCAUGCUGGGCCCAGCGGCCCCACCCCGCCAGGAGGCCUUCCGGCUCUGUGGCUCUGCCAUCCCGCCUGCCUUCAUCUCCGCCCGGGACCAUGUCUGGAUCUUCUUCCACUCUGAUGCCUCCAGCUCCGGCCAGGCCCAGGGCUUCCGUCUCUCAUACAUCCGAGGGAAACUAGGCCAGGCAUCCUGCCAGGCAGAUGAGUUCCGCUGUGAUAAUGGCAAGUGCCUGCCGGGCCCAUGGCAGUGCAACACUGUGGAUGAGUGUGGCGAUGGCUCUGAUGAGGGCAACUGCUCAGCGCCUGCCUCCGAGCCACCCGGAAGCCUGUGCCCUGGGGGCACCUUCCCCUGCAGCGGGGCACGCUCCACGCGCUGCCUGCCUGUAGAGCGGCGCUGCGACGGCACGCAGGACUGCGGCGAUGGCUCCGAUGAGGCUGGCUGCCCUGACCUGGCAUGUGGCCGGCGGCUGGGCAGCUUCUAUGGCUCCUUUGCUUCCCCAGACCUGUUUGGUGCAGCCCGAGGGCCCUCGGACCUUCACUGCACAUGGCUGGUGGACACACAAGACACGCGGCGUGUGCUGCUGCAGCUGGAGCUGCGGCUGGGUUAUGACGACUACGUGCAGGUGUACGAGGGCCUGGGUGAGCGUGGGGACCGCCUGCUGCAGACGCUGUCCUACCGCAGCAACCACCGGCCCGUGAGCCUUGAGGCUGCUCAGGGCCGCCUCACUGUGGCUUACCAUGCCCGCGCCCGCAGCGCUGGCCACGGCUUCAACGCCACCUACCAGGUGAAGGGCUACUGCCUCCCGUGGGAGCAGCCGUGUGGGAGCAGCAUCGAGGGCGACAUGGGUGACACAGGGGAACAGGGCUGUUUCUCGGAGCCACAGCGCUGCGAUGGCUGGUGGCACUGCGCUAGCGGCCGAGAUGAACAGGGCUGCCCCGCCUGCCCUCCGGACCAGUACCCCUGCGAGGGUGGCAGCGGCCUGUGUUACACACCUGCUGACCGCUGCAACAACCAGAAAAGCUGCCCUGAUGGCGCUGACGAGAAGAACUGUUUCUCCUGCCAGCCUGGCACCUUCCACUGUGGCACCAACCUGUGCAUCUUUGAGACGUGGCGCUGCGAUGGCCAGGAGGACUGCCAGGAUGGCAGCGAUGAGCACGGCUGCCUGGCGGCCGUGCCCCGGAAGGUCAUCACCGCCGCCCUCAUCGGCAGCCUGGUCUGUGGCCUGCUGCUCGUCAUCGCCUUGGGCUGCGCCUUCAAGCUCUACUCACUGCGCACGCAGGAGUACAGGUGGGCGGGCGGUCCUCACUGCUGCCCGGCGCCUGGGGUCACAGGCCAUGAGCCUCAGCUUCUUCAUUUCUCUGGAGAGAGGCUCUGGGCUCACUGUUCCUACGGCUGUGGGGCCUUUGAGACGCAGAUGACACGCCUCGAGGCUGAGUUUGUGCGGCGGGAGGCACCCCCGUCCUAUGGGCAGCUCAUUGCCCAGGGCCUCAUUCCACCCGUGGAGGACUUCCCUGUCUACAGUGCAUCCCAGGCCUCCGUGCUACAGAACCUUCGCACAGCCAUGCGGCGACAGAUGCGCAGGCAUGCCUCCCGCAGAGGACCCUCCCGCCGCCGGCUCGGCCGCCUGUGGAACCGGCUCUUUCACCGGCCUCGGGCACCGCGAGGACAGAUCCCACUGCUGACUGCUGCGCGCACCUCACAGACAGUGUUGGGUGACGGGCUCCUCCAGCCUGCACCAGGGGCCGCCCUGGACCCCCCAGCACCCCUUACGGACACAGGCAGCGCUGGGGCAGCUGGAGAUGGGUCCCCCAGUGCCCCCGUCCAUACACCAGAGGUGGGGCCUUCUGUGCUGCCCCCCUUGAGCCUGCAGGACCCAGAGUACAGGCCAGUGGACAAGGACAGAAAGGCCUGCAGGGACCCUCUGAUGGACAGCCCAGCUUCUGUGGACACGCCUCGGGAGCCCUGCUCGGCCCAGGACCCUCACUCCUUAGCCCCCACUGCCGGCAGCACCCUAGGCCCCCACCCACCAGAGCCACUGGGUGUCUGCAGGAGCCCCCCACCCCCCUGCUCCCCAACGUUGGAGGCCAGUGACGACGAGGCCCUGCUGGUCUGCUGACCCACCAGACGCGCUGGUGACUGCCACAGCCCCGCUUUGUAACCAGGGAAUAUACAGUUGUUUCUACCCUG